AUGGACAAGACAGACUACAACGACAAAAUGGACUCGCUUGUUAACGACAAACAGACCUACGAAGUACUUAAACGAGACCCGACACCCGCACUGCAACGCAAACUUAACAACAAACUGCUUACACUGAAGAAAACCGACAAGAUCGACUUUCGACGCUACAACAGACUGAGGUGUAGUGUUCCGCAGCUACCCAAGCUGUAUGGACUACCAAAACUACACAAACCCAACAUACCUAAGCGGCCCAUAGUUUCUUUCUGUGGGUCCCCAACCUACCAACUGUCUAAAUACUUAACUAACGUACUGAAACCGCUGACUUUAUUGACGCCAUUAAGACAAUACAGAUACCGGACGACCACAAACUAGUGUCGUUUGACGUGAAAUCGAGGUUCACCAGUAUUCCACUUCAACUGGCUCUAGACUGUACUGAGAAAGCUAUUAAGAACUCUGCUGUUGAACUAUCACUACCUACAGACGACAUUAUGGACCUACUCAACCUCUGUUUGACUUCGACGUACUUUCAGCACAACGGCAAACACUACAAACAGUUACACGGUAAAGCUAUGGGCUCUCCAGUUUCUGUUGUUGUAGCAGAAAUUUUCAUGCAAAACAUCGAGGAACAAGCCCUAGCUACCUACACGCGAACUGUACCUCUUUGGUUACGUUACGUUGACGACACAUUCACCGCCGUACACAAAGACGGAAUCGACGAUUUUCACGAACACCUUAACAGACAGAACGCGGACAUACAGUUCACCAAGGAGAUCGAAGAAAAUGAUAAGAUACCUUUUCUAGACUGCUUGGUCACUCGCGACAACAACAAACUAAAAACGACUAUUUACAGAAAACCGACACAUACCGACCGAUUACUAGACCAGUCUUCGUACAACCCGACCUCUCACAAGGCU